UGGAGCGGAAGCUCUCCCCCUUUCCGCUCUCUUUCGUGUGUGAGCUGCUCCACGCCAUGUCGAGUGAGAUCGGUUUGAUCGGCCUGGCCGUCAUGGGCCAGAACCUCGCUCUCAACAUCGCCUCAAAGGUAAGCAGCCUGGCUGAUGACAUCACUCACGUCAGCGCGGGGCAAGCAAACGACACAGACACAGACAGACAGGGAGGGAGAAUGAAUGCAACGGACCGACCAGGGCAGGGCUUGUGGGUUCUAUUCUGUGCCCCUGUGUGUGUGUGUGUGUGUGUGUUGUUUGUUUGUUUGUUUGCAUGCCACUGGUGUCUGUCUGCAGGGUUUCAGGAUAUCGGUGUGGAAUCGUUCGGAGAGCAAAGUGGACGACACCACCGAGCGGGCCAAGAAGGAGGGCAACCUGCCCCUCGACGGACACAAAGACCUCAGCGCAUUCGUGGGACAAACAGCCGCAUGCACGACAGACAGACAGACAGACAGACAGACAGACAGCGAGACCGAUGGAUGGAUGAAUGGACGUGUGGCUGUGUGUGUGUCGACAUUUUCGCAGGUCCAGUCGAUCAAGAAGCCCCGCAAGAUCAUCAUGCUCAUCCAGGUACACACACACACACACAUGAGUGUGCGUGGCGUACGCUGGCUGCAUCGCUGUCUGCAUGUGUGGAUGGAUGGAUGGAUGGAUGGGUGGAAUGCAGGCGGGUCCCCCGGUGGACAAGGCGAUGGAGCCCCUGCUGCCCCUGCUGGUGAGCAAAGCAAUCGUGUUUGAUGAUCGAUGUGCUGUGGCCCGUGACGUGUUUGUUUACCCAACGCACCCACCCACAGGAGGCCGGCGAUCUGCUGAUUGACGGCGGCAACGAGUGGUACGAGAACACCGAUCGGCGGACCGCACUCUGCGAGAGCAAAGGAAUCAGGUAGGCAGGCGCACCGAUUCACAGGGCCACCCGACCAGACAGACACCAACCCACCUGCGCACACAUGGCGUCAAUGUGUGUUUGUGUGUGUGUGUGUGUGUGUUUAGGUACAUGGGUAUGGGUGUGAGUGGCGGCGAGGAGGGCGCCCGCCACGGCCCCUCGCUCAUGCCGGGCGGCACCAAGGAAGGAUGGGAUAUCGUCAAACCCAUCCUCAUGAAAAUCGCAGCACAGGUCACUGCAUACACACACACACACACACACACACAGAGAGAGGGAGAGGGAGGGAGAGUGUGUUGGUGGUGUGUGUAUGCGUUCAGGUGGAUGACGGUCCGUGCGUGAGUUACAUCGGACCUGGCGGGAGCGGCAACUACGUCAAGAUGGUGCACAACGGCAUCGAGUACGGCGACAUGCAACUCAUCGCUGAGGCACGCAGGAGCCACCACACACACACACACACACACACAGAGAGAGAGAGAGAGAGCACUCUGUAGAGUGUGUGGCUGGAUGUGUGGAUGCGCAGGCGUAUGCCGUCCUGAAGCAGAUGGGCGGCUUGACCAACCCAGAGCUGCAAAACCUCUUCAAGUACUACCUACCUGUCCCGCAUAGCACACAUGAGCCACGCUUCUGCACACGUGUGUGUGUGUGUGUGUGUGGCUGUGGCUGUGUGUGUCAAGGGAGUGGAACAAGGGCGAGCUCAAGAGCUUCCUCAUCGAGAUCACAUCCGACAUAUUCGGGCAGAAGGACGACAAAACAGACGGUGGGUCGGUACACCCCCACACACACGUGUUCGAUGGAUGCGACACGCGAGCUUCUGCGUGACAUCUAUGCAUGGCACGCUCGAUGGAUUCGAUAUAUGCAGGCUAUCUGGUUGACAAGAUCCUGGAUGUGGCGGGCUCCAAGGGCACCGGCAAAUGGACCAUUCAGGUGGGUGGGGUGACAUGAGCUGAGCACCUUGACACCUACACAGCCACGACUGAAUAAAUGGAUGGAUGGAUGGAUGCGCACGUGGUCUCUCGGUCGGUAUGGUGAGCUGUGUUGUGUUGUGUUGUGUUGUGUCUGGUGGGUUUUGCAGGAGGCUGCUGAGCAUGGCGUGCCGUGCCCCACCAUGCAGGCAGCCCUCGACAUGCGGUAAGCAGAGAGGGAGGGAGGGGCCGACACACACGCCACACACAUCCAAACGGCUCUCUCUCUCUCUCUCUGUGUGUGUGUCAACAACAGCUACAUGAGCACCUUCAAGGCGUUCCGUCAGCGCGCCUCUGGCAAGUUCAAAGGGCCGGCCACCAAACCACAAGUCACGCAGAGCACACUCAUCGGUAGGUACCACACACACAGACUGAUUGACUGAUCGCAGACAGACAGACAGACAGAGAGCCACAGACCUACGUGUGCACACGACGUACAACAUUGUAUCAUGCAUGGGACUGACUGUGUGCACUCACUGCAGACGACGUGCGCAAUGCGUUGUACUGCGCCAAGAUCUGUUCGUACGCGCAGGGCCUGAUGCUGCUGCAGACCGUCAGCAACGAAAAGGGCUGGGGGCUCAACCUCGGCGAAAUCAGCAGAACCUGGAAAGGUCGAAUGCAUGGACGGCUGGCUGCAUGGCAUGGAUACCUCCCUCGCUGCCCGACCGACCAGCUGUGUGUAUGUAUGUAUGUAUGUGUGUGUCGCAUGGCGUCGUUCGUUCAGGCGGCUGCAUCAUCCGUGCGGUGUUUUUGGACCGCAUCAAGAAGGCCUUCGACCGCAACCCACACAUGGACAGCCUCCUCAUGGACGACCAGUGAGCUCCUCGAGCAGCCGGGGAGGGAGGGCGGGAGGGAGGGACAGAGGGAGCCAUGCCAUGUGUGUGUGGUGCAUGUGGUCGCGCAGGUUUGCGGAUGAGAUUCAGCAGCGUGAGGUCAGCUGGCGGCGAAUCGUCAACGCGGCGCAGGCGGCCGGCAUCCCCAGUAUGUGGCAUUGCCACCAGAAACCUCUCACCCACACAGAGGCAGAGGCACCCAUCUAUCUAUGAGUGCACGCGAUGCGACGCGACACACAUCUGUUGAAAUCUGUGUUCGUGUGUAUUGUGUGCAGUUCCUGCGCUGUCGGCGAGCCUCUGCUAUUUCGACGCUUACCGAUCUGCAACGGUCCGCCCCCACACCACGACAGACACACCACAACGAAGUGUUUUCUGUACCCCCUCUCUGAUGGUCUGUCUGAUGUGUUGUUUUGUGUUGUUUUGUGUCUGUCGUAUGUGUCCAUUCCCUCCCUCGUGCGUGCAGCUGCCUGUGAACCUGGUGCAGGGGCAGCGUGACUACUUCGGCGCCCACACCUACAAGCGCACCGACGACGAGGGCGGGCCCUACCACACACAGUGGACGCACUUCGCACAGACCUGAUCAAUGGCAAUGAUCAACGAGGCAGCCGAACAACCACUAAAUCGUGAUAGACUGAAGGAGGGAGGGGGGGAGGGAGGGGGCGGAGGUUUUGCUGCCUUUUUUGGCUGUGGUUGGUUUGUUGAUGGACUGACUGGAGGAUUGGCUGCCUGCGUGCCUGAGAAGUGGCAUUUUUGGUCAGUCAGUCAUGCAUGGGCGGAAAGAUCGAUGCAUGCUAUGCAUGUUUUCUAGCUGGCUGCUGACUGGUUGGCGGUGCUUACUCGGUCGGUGGCAUGAAGAAGAACGUUUUGUUUGGCAUAGUUCGUGGAAUGUACAUUCGUCCAUCGAUGCCUCUCUGCCAACGUACACUCAUUCGCACGCCAGCAGCAGCCAGCCCCCGCCCCCGUCCGUCAAGCCUGUAUGUCACAUAUAUGCUUCUUGGUGACUGUCGUCACCGCGCACCGGCC